AUGCGUCUUGCUCAUCUGCAUAUACCGAAUAUCAUACCAUUUAGACAGGCUUCGCUUUUGCAGCAGAUACUCGUCUCACGCCUACUCACCCAUAAAAGAAAACAGUCUGAAUCUCCGGCUCUAUACCCACCUACCUCUGCUCCGGACCCUACAAUCUUUACGUUCACUCCUCGCCCCGUAUAUACGACUGGUAGACGCGAUCUGCCUGCAUCAUGCUCACCCAACGAUGAAUCAUCAGCCUUCCUCACCACCACGGCAUCGGACGUUUCCCUCCCAACUCCUCUCGAACCAAUUCGCGGGAUCCUAACGCCGACUUCCUCUCCUACCAAUGCCGCGCAACGCCUAGCUGAAUACUACCCAACCUUACGUGGUGGGCAGACUACCUACCAUGGUCCCGGUCAGCUUGUUAUAUACACCAUACUAGAUCUCCGGGCUUUGCGCAUUGGCCCAAGAUGUCAUAUUCGGCUACUCGAAAACAGUGUUUUGGAUGUGAUCAAGGGAUUUGGCGUAAAAGGUGGAACAACUACUGAAGACCCGGGCGUGUGGGUGCAAUCUAAGGCCGGGGAGAGCGGUAUGCCUCGCAAAGUUGCUGCUGUUGGUGUGCAUCUGCGGCGGUUUGUCAGUAGUUAUGGCGUUGGAUUCUGCAUCACUGAGGAACCAUUAUGGUAUCUACGACAGAUAGUUGCGUGUGGGCUCGAGGGCAAAGAGUCUACGAGUCUGGAGGGCGUGGGUGUGGAUGUGAAGGAUGUGACAAUGGAAGAGGUUGGUGCACGGUUCGUUCAGGCGUUUGUAGACCGGGUGAAUUCCGGAGGACCCAGUGGUGGCCAGGGCCCGAGGCUGGACGAGAUAUAUAAGAUCCGGGAGGAGGACGUACUUGGGUAA